AUGGCCGCGCAUGCGGCGGCCGCAACGGGCCAGGAAGUUGACCAGACGCUCAAUCCCCUGGUGGCCGGCCUGAAAGUCUCCAAGACCAUGGCUCUGACCGACAUGGCGCGCUCUAUGCGCGAGAGCGGCAUUGACGUGAGCCCAGGGGUGCAGGCAGAGGGCGUUGAGCUCCGGGAUGGGGGCGCGCUUUCGGGUUGCUUAGCAAGGGAGCAAACAGGGGACGGGUGCAGGCACGCUGGCAGAGCAUGCUUCGUGGAGCUGCGCAGCAUGCGGGCAGAGCAGCAGCCUGGCGGGCCGCUGCCGGUUGCGGGCUUGGCACCCCCGCACCUCGACGGUUUAAGGCGGCCGUAG